CCCUGGUCCACGCUGUCGCCCACCGAAAAAUGGCGUACGAACCCAUCCCUCCGCGCGCGCGAACUGGGUUCCAAAACCGCCAUUUGCAACGAGCUGCAAGACCCGGAGUACGCACUUCGAGACGCUGAAAUCCAAGCUGGCAUGCUCGCACUCAGGACGCAAAUGCACGCAUUCAGCACUCGUUUUUUCAGCGGACAAACGGGAAUGACGGAUGUUAUUGAAGAUAUAUCGCUCCCGUCGUCCUUUUACGCUUCUCUCGCGCGGGAAACCGUCAAAAUCAUUCACUGCAUUGCGUCGGGCGGCCCGGCGGGAGAAAGCGGGUGGCAUGCGUUCUUUGUGGAUGCGGAGAAGCGCAAGAUGCUGGUUUGUGGGAUCCUGGGGAAUGUGCUGGUGGAGCAGGUGUUGGGGCAUGUGUUUUUUGGGGGGAGUGCGGAAGAGGUGGGGGUUGUGAGGGAGGGGGAGAAGGUGCUGCGGGAUGAGGAUGGUAUGUUUUUUUUCCCUUGCAGAUCUGGGGGUUCCUUUUGUUGUAGCCGUUUCGUAUCGGUCACACCCUCUCCACUUACCCUCCCAUCAAACUUCCACAGCCACAUCACCACCAUCGUAGCCGCCCUCUCAACACACCUCGUCCCCCUCCUCUCCCUGACGCAUCCCCCCGCCCACACCAGCACUCUCCUCCCGCACCUCAUCCCCUCGCUACAAAACCUCGUCACCACCGCCGCACUGCUAAGUCUGCACAUGCGCCUGGAUCCGCACACGGUGUACCACGUAGAGCCGCUGUUCAAGGAAGACAGGUUUGACCGUGAGCGCAUGGAAUGUGCGAAUCAGAGGGAGAUGGAGGAGACGUGUCCGUACAGCAAGGAUAGCGACAACAGCAGCAGUAAUAGGGAUACUGGAGUGGCAUCAUCUUCAACGGGUGCCAAGGUGAAUGAGAAGGAGAAGGAGAAAGAGAGACAAAGAGCAGAACACGAUAUCCCCCUCACGCAAAUGACGCUGCUAAACGGCAUGGUGGCGUAUCGUCGCGGAGGCUGGGAAACAGCGUCAAGCACGAUUCAGCAGCCCGAGUAUCAAGAGCGCGAGUGGGAGGAUAGAGGCGUGAGAGUGAGGCGCGUGACGAGGGGGUGGGUGUGGUGUCGGUGGGGGAGGCCGCGGGGUCUGAGUGCUAGCACGAAGGAAGAGGGAAAACGCAUCCACGGCCCUGCAUGGCGCAAAGGCGGAUUCGUGGAGUUUACGGCGUUGAAAGGGGUGCUGGAUUGGUUGGGCAUGGAGGAGGCGGAGAGGAAGGGG